GCCCCGGGACCCUCCAGCUCCCUGGGCCUGCGGGCUCCUCCCACUCCGGGUCACGGCGUGAUAGGGGCGGAAGCGGCGACGGUCGAGCUGCUGCAGCUGGCGGUGCGGCUCCUGCCUUCUUGUGCAGCCCGGGGGCAGCGCUCCCCGCCUGGCCAGAGCUUUGAGAUUUUCCAAAACAAUGGCGGCACCUCGAGGGAGGUCAAAGAAGAGAGGUGCUUUUGAGCUUUGUCCUGAUAGCCUGCCUUUGAGGAGCUCCGGGCGGCAGGCAAAGAAGAAAGUAGUAGAGAACGCAGAUGAGGAUGAAGAUGGUUCGUCAGAGAAGAAGUACAGGAAAUGUGAAAAGGCAGGCUGCACAGCAAUGUAUCCUGUGUGCUUUGCAAGCGCUUCUGAGAGAUGUGCCAAAAAUGGCUACACCUCCCGCUGGUACCACCUUUCCUGUGGGGAACAUUUCUGCAACGAAUGCUUUGACCACUACUACAGAAGCCACAAAGAUGGAUAUGACAAAUACAGCGCAUGGAAGAGAGUGUGGACCAGCAAUGGCAAGACUGAGCCAAGCCCGAAGGCGUUCAUGGCAGACCAGCAGCUGCCCUACUGGGUUCAGUGCACAAAACCUGAGUGUGGAAAGUGGAGGCAGCUUACUAAGGAAAUCCAGCUUACUCCACACAUGGCGAGGACUUACCGCUGUGACAUGAAACCAAAUACUAUUACCAAGCUGGACAGCCCUGACCACUGUUCUUUCCCCGAGGAUCUAAGAGUGCUGGAAGUUUCCAACCACUGGUGGUACUCCAUGCUCAUCCAGCCUCCUUUGCUGAAACACAGUGUGGCAGCGCCGCUGCUCUCUGCAUACUACCCUGACUGUGUUGGCAUGAGCCCUUCCUGCACCAGCACAAACCGUGCCGCUGCCACAGCCACUACCACCAGCAGCAGUGCCAGCCCGGGGAAGAUGGAGCCCUCCAAAGUGGCCCCCUCUCCACUUGUUCUAGGCAUGAACCGGUACUUCCAGCCAUUCUACCAGCCCAACGAGUGUGGCAAAGCUCUGUGUGUGAGGCCGGAUGUGAUGGAGCUGGAUGAGCUCUAUGAGUUCCCAGAGUAUUCUCGAGACCCCACCAUGUACCUGGCUUUGAGAAACCUCAUCCUCGCUCUGUGGUACACGAACUGCAAAGAAGCUCUUACCCCUCAGAAGUGCAUUCCCCACAUCAUUGUCCGGGGCCUUGUGCGCAUUCGCUGCGUACAGGAAGUGGAGCGGAUUCUUUACUUUAUGACGAGGAAAGGCCUCAUCAACACAGGAGUUCUCACCGUGGGAGCCGGCCAGCACCUUCUUCCUAAACACUAUCACAAUAAAUCAGUUCUGGUUGUUGGGGCUGGUCCAGCAGGCUUAGCAGCGGCUAGGCAACUACAUAACUUUGGGAUGAAGGUGACUGUCCUAGAAGCCAAAGACCGAAUUGGAGGCCGAGUAUGGGAUGACAAGUCUUUUAAAGGCGUUGUUGUGGGAAGAGGACCUCAGAUUGUCAAUGGCUGUAUUAAUAACCCAGUAGCACUAAUGUGUGAGCAACUUGGCAUCAGCAUGCAUAAGUUGGGAGAGAGAUGUGACUUAAUUCAGGAAGGUGGACGGAUAACUGACCCCACUAUUGACAAGCGCAUGGAUUUUCAUUUUAAUGCUCUCUUGGAUGUUGUCUCUGAGUGGAGGAAGGAUAAGACUCUGCUCCAAGAUGUCCCUUUAGGAGAGAAGAUAGAGGAGAUCUACCGAGCUUUUGUGAAGGAGUCUGGCAUCCAGUUCAGCGAGCUGGAGGGACAGGUGCUGCAGUUCCACCUGAGUAACCUGGAGUAUGCUUGUGGCAGCAGCCUGCACCAGGUAUCUGCUCGCUCCUGGGACCACAAUGAAUUCUUUGCCCAGUUUGCUGGUGACCAUACUCUGCUAACUCCUGGCUACUCCACUAUUAUUGAGAAACUAGCUGAAGGACUAGACAUUCGCCUCAAGUCUCCAGUACAAAGUAUAGAUUAUACCGGAGAUGAGGUACAAGUCACCACAACAGAUGGUAUGGAGCAUUCUGCACAAAAGGUGUUAGUCACUGUACCAUUGGCCAUACUACAGAGAGGUGCCAUCCAGUUUAAUCCACCAUUGUCAGAGAAGAAGAUGAAGGCCAUCAGUAGCUUGGGUGCAGGCAUCAUCGAAAAGAUUGCCUUGCAGUUUCCAUAUAGAUUUUGGGACAGUAAAGUUCAAGGGGCUGACUUUUUUGGCCAUGUUCCUCCCAGUGCCAGCCAGCGAGGGCUCUUUGCUGUAUUCUAUGACAUGGACCCCCAGCAAAGUGUACUGAUGUCCGUGAUCACAGGGGAGGCAGUGGCAUCCCUCAGGACCAUGGAUGACAAGCAGGUGUUGCAGCAGUGCAUGGGCAUCCUUCGGGAGCUGUUUAAGGAGCAGGAGAUCCCAGAUCCCACAAAGUAUUUUGUCACACGGUGGAGCACAGAGCCAUGGAUCCAGAUGGCGUAUAGUUUCGUGAAGACAUUUGGAAGUGGCGAAGCCUAUGACAUCAUUGCUGAAGAAAUACAAGGAACUGUCUUUUUUGCUGGUGAGGCAACAAACAGGCAUUUCCCACAAACCGUUACUGGGGCAUAUCUGAGUGGUGUUCGAGAAGCAAGCAAGAUUGCAGCCUAUUAAAAAGAACAUAUAUGGAUCUUUCUGUACCCUAAAUGGAAAAGUUUGAAACACAAGCUUUGUAAGAGAGAGGGAGCUCUGUAUAGUAAAAUUGAAGUGUUUCUGUGGUGAUAGGAAAACAUAAACCCAUUUCACUCUUCUGAAAUCACUGACCCUCAAAAUCCUUCUAGGCACUUAUAUUUAAUUGUAUUUUUCCAUGUCAAA